AACUUUGGAAGGGAAUUGGAAUUGGAAGUGAUCAAGCAAAGCCAUGAACUUGGAUGAAGGAGGACUGGAGUCUGAGCCAGUUAGCCCGACUGGAGUGUACUUCAACAGCUCUGCCUUGUCAAUAUGCAUUCUUUGUGUCCUGGAAUUUGAAGUCCCCAUUGAUGACUCUCCAACCAUGACAUUGCUCAAGGAUGUUUUUCUCCCCAUCAAUCCUCGCUUUUCUUCUAUCAUGGUUAGAGACGAAAAUGGGGCGAAGCAGUGGAAGAAGGUCGAGGUAAAGCUGCAAGACCAUGUAAAAAUCCCUGUUUUUCCCUCUGGAUUGUCACCAGAGUCCUAUGACAAAUAUUUCACUGACUAUCUUUCAAGGAUAGCAAUGGAGCAGCUUCCUCAGAACCGACCUUUGUGGGAAAUUCACAUCAUAAAAUACCCCACCAGUCAUGCAGCUGGUAAUGUGGUGUUCAAGCUUCACCACGCCCUUGGUGAUGGCUACUCUCUCAUGGGUGCUCUUCUUUCUUGUUUACAAAGAGCGGAUGAUCCUUCUUGUCCAUUGACAUUUCCAUCACUUGGGGCAGUGACCUCUUCUGUGCCUAAAAUGAACAUCAUUAAUUCUGCUUUCAACACCCUAUCAGAUUUUGUUUGGACCCUUUUGAAGAGCUGUUGGUUUGAAGAUGACAGAUCAAGGAUUCGAUCAGGAAGUGUAGCUGUGGAAUUUAAGCCAAUGGUCAUUUCUACCAUUACAUUCUCUCUCAAUCAGAUCAAACAAAUCAAGACCAUGCUUGGAGUUACUAUAAAUGAUGUGAUUACGGGAAUAAUCUUUUUUGGAACUCGAUUAUACAUGCUGGAAAUGAGCAAUAAGAUGAGUAAUGAAGAUUCUACAGCACUGGUGCUGUUCAAUACAAGGAACAUUGGUGGAUACAAGUCAGUGAAGGAGAUGAUCAAACCUGAUCCUAAUCACCAAUGGGGAAACCAAUUCGGAUUCUUGCAUAUAUCAAUACCGGAUUUGACAAGCUCCGAGCAUGCUGAUCCACUUGAAUUUGUUCUGAAAACACAGAAAUCAAUCACAAGGAAAAGAAGCUCUGGUGUGGUGCAUCUUACUGCUCAGCUUCUCGAGGCUGUGAAGAAAUUUAGGGGCCCUGAGGCAGCUGCAAGAUUCAUCCACAGUACACUGAGGAACUCUAGCAUGACCAUUUCGAAUGUGGUUGGACCAGUUGAAGCAAUGACAUUGGCUAAUCAUCCAGUCAAAGGCUUGUACUUUUUGACACUUGGUUCACCUCAGAGUCUUACCAUAUCAGUUUUAAGUUACACGGGAAAGCUAAGAGUUGCUGUAGGAACAGAGAAAGGCUUCAUAGAUGAGGAAAAGUUCAGAGUUUCCAUAGAGAAUGCCUUUGAUAUGAUAUUCAAGGCUGCCCUCAGAACUGAUCAACAGGUGAAGACAGAAGACCACAAUAUCGAAGCAUAGGGAAAAACAUGUAAUACUAUCUAUUGUCCGUUAUUUUUGUCUGUUACCGGUGGAUAUUCGAGUUUUUAAUCUUGUCAUUAGAAUCAAGACUCUUUAAGUUUUAACAUUAGUUUUAAGGCUUGGAACCUCACCAUGUAGAAGGAAAAGCCCGCAGGUGUGGUUAAUAAUUUUUGUUACAACUAGACCUCAAGGUGUGUUUUGUGCAUUUUGUUUGCAUUGAAUUUGAUUAGGUGUUUUUUAAAUAUAAAUUUUUUAUUAAU